GCGCUCGGGCGUGCGCGUCUGUGAGCGGACCGUCCUCCGUCUGCGCCAGCGCCGGCGAUAAUGGCAGAAUUAAGAGAACCCACUCAUGAUUGGACAACAGCGCUGAAACAUGUUUGCUGAACGGAUAAAGGCUGUCAGUUUUACACAAGUGUUCCUCCGGAAGGAAGAGGAUGUUGAGAGGAGCCGUCGCCCUUCGCCCAGCGCGCGAGGAGCAGCCUGCGAGGCUUUCCCGCGCACUGCGCCGCUGUAACAGGUCCGCGCGCUGCUGGGGCGAGCCUCUGGUCAAGAGAGAAGAGAGCAGAUCUGCUCCGGACAAUGCCGGGGUCAGCAACGACCGGGAUGCGCCGCGCGCGAGCCCAGCGACCUGCCGGAGCCUGCGUUCCCACGGACCAGCUGGACCGCCGCCGCUGCCGCCGACCCGUUCCGCAGCUUCGGCCUCAAAGGGUAAACGCGACGACGUGGAUCCUGGCAGCAUCCGCGACACCAAAACCUGCCACCUCGGUUACAUCAACACCUCCUGAUAAAGCCUAUGCUUACGACUCGGUGCCAGGAAAUCGAAUUCGCUGUUUCUGAUAUAUUCUGCACGCACUGACAACGCACACAGAGGACGUCUUAAAACGAGCUGGAUAACUACUGGCCAUGUUACGGAAACAUAGGAAGCUCCUACCUCGUACAAGAUACGGAGGAGUUAUAUUUUUAAAUGAAAAUAAAUGUUAAUUAAGGAGA